CUUGCCAGCUGUUAACUUCUCCUUUCAGUUUGCAGCUUGAAGCUGUCAUCACGAAUUGCUCCAAUUUUCUUCUUUUAACUUAUAUAUUUUUGUACCUUUUGUAAUCAAGAAAAAGCCUCUGUUUAGGAAUCACCACAUCCAUUCACCUCUCUGUCUCAAACCUUUCACCAUGUUGGGCCAGUUCUCCCCUGGUGAUCCCUACAGUGCUCUGUCCACCACACCGCCCUGGGAUCCAGCACACCUGCUUCAGCCCUUCCGCUUCCGCUCACGAACUGAGCCCAUAGACUGGCGGCGUCUCUCCGCUCUUGACGUGGAACGUGUUGAGCGAGACAUGGAUGUCGAUGUGCUUCAGAAUUUCAUUACGACUGUAACGUUCUGUGCCGUGGAGGGAGAGCGGUGUCCAAACUGUCGAGGACCUGCUGACCCUUCUUUGAUCAAACUGCUUCGUAUGUCUCAGCUGAGUACUGAGUACCUGCUGCACUGCCAGGACAUGCUGAGCUCUCAGCUGUCAGGACUGGAGGAGCGUCUGCAGGCGGCACUCUCUCUAGUCCAGCGAGGAGAAGAACAACGAACUGAACUUGAAAAAAAUUUGCAGGAAGCCAAACAGGAGAAUCGACGGAGAAAGAAAUUGAUCGACACUCAACAGCUCCUCCUGCAGACCAGUGCUAAUAAUUAUCACAAGUGCCAGUUCUGUGAAAAAUCAUUUGUCAACUACUCUUACUUACAAGCACAUGUUCAACGACGACAUCCUGAAGUCACAGAUGCAGAGAAACAAAAGAAGAGGAAGGCAGAAGAGAUGGAAGAUAGGAUAGAAGAGCUGAAGGAGAAACUGAAAUUGACACAGAUGCAGCUACAGGUGGAGAAAGAAACAGAAAGUUUGAGACAUCAGCAGGAACAAGAGGAGCAGCAAAGAAGAGAGCAGUCCGGGAAGGAAGCACUGGAGAGAUGGAAAGAGGAAAGAAAAAGUGAAUGGAAGAAGAAAUUUCAGGAAGCACAGAACAGACACCGACAGGAGAAAUUGGAGCUUAAGGGUGAGAAUGCCAGGCUUGUGAAGGCCUUGUCUGUGGAGAAGAACUCUGGCUCCAGUCUGCAGAAACUUCAGCAGCAGGUUGUCUCUCUCUCUUCUCAGCUGAGCCAGAAGGACAGACUCAUCAAAUCUCAGGAGGAGAAGAUUAAAAAGCUGUCAGUCAUGUCAGUCUCAGCUCCAGUGGUUUUGCAAAAAGCCCAAGAUUCUCCUGAGGAACCAGAGGAGGAAGAUGAAGAGAGCAUGGAGGAUUCAGAUGAACCCCAGUGGAAGGUUCUAAAGUCACACAAAGGAAAGUCAGAGCUGAUGAAAGAGUCUAGACCCAUUUUAGAAGAAUCACUGGAGAAAAAACUGGAGAAUAUGGGACUGCGGAAGGGUACCAAGGGUAUCUCUAAGCAAACUUUUAAGAGUCUGAGUGCUCUGUUGACUGGUCAGCGGCUGCAGAGAUACAGACAGCAGCCAGACCUUCAUAUCCAAAGAGACAACCUGGCACGUGAGGUCAUCAGGCGAGUGAAAAGCCUACAGAAGGGCCAGGGGAAAUUAACACCCAGCACUUUAAAACAGAGGGGAAAGAAAAAUUCAAGCCCAGUGAAGGAAAAAAGUCUCCGAUCCAGGGAGGGCUCAAAGUCGUCCACUUGGAGGGCCAAAAGCCAGCAGCCACAAGCACUUGUUCCAACACCCACCCCACGCUCCAAUGCACCUCAGAAUCAGACUCCAAAAACACAGCAAAAAAAGAACGGCACACCACCUUUCAGUUCAGAUGAGGAUGAGUCAGUCGAGGACAGUGCCUAUAUCACCAGCUCACGGGGCAAGCCUUCCCCCGCUGUGCGCCUUGUCCAAUCAGGAUCACUUCUGAACCCAACAGCUGAGCCUGAUUGGACAGACAGUGAACUGUCAGAGGCUUCUGACACACCCAAACUCCACAAAAGUCCCAAUUCACAUGGUUCUGUUGUCCAAACACUGACAAGAAGUUUGGAAAGACAGCUAAGCACACCAGUCAAAAAGCCUGUGGGCGGGACUAGAGUUCUGCCACCCUCCAGCUCCUCCCCUCGCCCUGUCAUUGUAAAACAGCGAGCGCUGUCUGAUGAGGAGAGUGAUUUGGAGCUGUCCUCCAUAGAAGAGCUCACAGCCAACCAUGCAAGAGUACACAAAAGUUCAGAGGUCGGCGGGACCUCAGGGACCAGUGCAUGGAGCUCUGCGGCCAGUAGACCAGGAGCGUGGUGAAUUGUGAUGUGACUGUGUCAAAUAAAUGCAUGUAUUCACUCCAAACCCAAAUUCUCAAGGAAUCCUAAAGAAUUUACAAGUGCAAUUACAAAAGAAUCAUUAUCAAAGGGCUUUUGUAUGCUUUAAGAAAUAAGUAAACCCAAAAAUUGUAGCCAAAAAAAACCAGCCAUUACUUGUUUGUGUGCUGUAGUAUAAGCAUUACUACUUUAUAAUGAGCUGUGAGUUUUUGCUCUGUUUUUUUUUUUUAAGU